AUGCCUCCCAAAAUCGUCCUCAUCCGCCACGCCCAAGGCUACCACAACGUAGACAAUAACCUGCCCGACCCCCAACUCACCCCGCUAGGCGAGUCGCAAUGCCUCGCGCUGCGCGACUCCCUCCGGCGGCGGUUCGACGCCCCCCCCGCCCAGGACACCGCCGUGGUCGUCAGCCCCAUGGUCCGCACGAUGCAGACCGCCGUCCUGGCGCUCGACUGGCUCGCCGCAAAGGGGAAAACUCCUCGGACCCACGUGGGCCCGCCGCUCGCCCGGCUGCAGCCGGCCUGGCCGCAGAUUUCGUUUGCGCGCCUGGACCCCGUGUGGCCGGACAAGACGUCGGCGGCGGCGACGCGGUACGCGCACGCGCGGUCGGCCGUGGUGGAGCGCGGCCGCCUGUGCCUCGAGGACCUGUACCGGCGGCCGGAGAAGGUGGUCUUUGUCGUGUCGCACUCUGGUUUCCUGCGGGCGGGCUGCGUGGGCUGGUGGUUCUUCAACAGCGACUAUAGGAUCUUUGAGUUUGAGGACCGGCUCGGCGAGGACGGGCGGCGCGUCGUGCGGCAGGACGAGAGCACGCUGGAGGGCGGGCUGGGGCUUUCCUGGGCGGAGAGGGUUCCCCUCGGAGACGGGCUGCCGGAUCUGCGCAACUGA